GGUCCUUAUUAUCCACCUGUACAGUAGGUGUGGGUCCUUAUUAUCCACCUGUACAGUAGGUGUGGGUCCUUAUUAUCCACCUGUACAGUAGGUGUGGGUCCUUAUUAUCCACCUGUACAGUAGGUGUGGGUCCUUAUUAUCCACCUGUACAGUAGGUGUGGGUCCUUAUUAUCCACCUGUACAGUAGGUGUGGGUCCUUAUUAUCCACCUGUACAGUAGGUGUGGGUCCUUAUUAUCCACCUGUACAGUAGGUGUGGGUCCUUAUUAUCCACCUGUACAGUAGGUGUGGGUCCUUAUUAUCCACCUGUACAGUAGGUGUGGGUCCUUAUUAUCCACCUGUACAGUAGGUGGCGGAAAGCACAUAUAAUUGAUGCGGACGCCAUUAUACCAAAGAAGAAGUCAAUCCUCACUGAAGAAGUUACGCUAUAUAGCUAGAACAACAAGAGCUGCCAAUUCCAGUUUCAAUCCUUCCAUGUCUGAACCCAAGUCCCCGGGUUCUUACUGUGGUGUUCCAGCACAGAGAAGCUCACAGUGGGGUCCAGAGAUGGUCUUAGUGAAGCUGGAGGACUGUAGUCAUCCACUGGAACUCAAUGUGAUAGUCAAAGAGGAGGAGAGGGAAGUCAAGGAAGAGGUAGAGAUUAAAGAGGCGGAGGACAUGGCCCUCAAAGAGGAGGCGGAGGACAUGGCCCUCAAAGAGGAGGCGGAGGACAUGGCCCUCAAAGAGGAGGCGGAGGACAUGGCCCUCAAAGAGGAGGCGGAGGACAUGGCCCUCAAAGAGGAGGCGGAGGACAUGGCCCUCAAAGAGGAGGCGGAGGACAUGGCCCUCAAAGAGGAGGCGGAGGACAUGGCCCUCAAAGAGGAGGCGGAGGAGAGGGUGGUCACAGAAGUGGAGAACAGGGAAGAAGUAGAUGGUAACACUGACCCAGAUACCGACUGCAGCCCUCAUCCUCCACAUACAACACCCGUUCUGCUAGUCACACUCUGUUAAAGGUCCCCAAAGCACACUCCUCUUUUCAGUUCGCUGCAGGUAGCGACUGGAAUGAGCUGCAAAACAAAAAACUCAAACUGGACUGUUUUAUCUCCAUUUCUUCAUUCAAACACUCA